UUUUGUGGAUUCAAGUUAUCAAGCACUGGCUAUGCAAAACCAAAAUCUUUGAAGUAAAAUUUCAUAGUGGUGAAAUGUGCAUGUGUUAUCUAAUUAUGGGUUCUAAUUCUUAUACAGGGAACUAUGGAAGACAAGAUCUAUGAACGUCAAGUAACCAAGCAAUCACUCUUUUUGAGUUAUUGAUCAACAGCAAAUUGAACGCCAUUUUACUUUGAAUGAACUGACUGAACUUUAUACAUUUGAGCCAGAGUUACUAGAUGAUCCUAAUUCAGAAAAGAAGAAAAGGAAGGACACUCCUAUGCUGCCAAAAGACACAAUCCUUGCAGAAUUGCUUCGACCUACACACAAAAUACAUUGUAGGGUAUCAUGAACAUGAUUCUCUUUUGGACCAUAAAGAAGAAGAAGAACUGACUGAGGAGGAAAGACAAGCAGCAUGGGCAGAAUAUGAAGCAGAAAAAAAGGGCCUGACUCUGCAUUUCACUUUGCCUACUGUCACUUUGAGCUCAGAGCCUCCAUUUAUUCCUUUUGAUAUGGAAGCCCUCUCAUCCAUGAGCCAUCAAGAGGUGGAAACCUUUACAAUUUUUACCCUUGGAUAACCAUGAAUGAAGAAGCAGCAGCAUCUAUCAGACACAUUUAAGCCCCUGAGGACCUGCACCAGCCCCCCAUAAGCCAACUUUCUUUGCAAAAGGAACAAUAUUUGUACAUUAUAGGAAGACCAGACUUGGAUGAGAGGGAGGGGGAGGGAACAAGAAUUAUAACUGGACAUUUCUAUAGUGCUUUAAAAGUUUGCAAAGCAUUUUAUCUGUUUUGUAGAACAGGAAAUUGUACA